ACUUUGGAAGUUCCCAACCCUACCAAACACUCAUACACGCAUGCACAUGCUUGUACAGUAUCAGUCGAGAUCUGCAUGAAGGAGGACGCCAACAUAACUUAAGAACUCUAUGGGAUGGACAUUCUUCCACAGGUGCUUUCACUGAGGAUUUGAGGAGCCAGCACACACACUGAACCAAACACACUUUCGCAGCAGGUGUUCAACAAUGUGAGGGUGUUUCCUGGCUGCUGACACUACAGACAGAGACUGUUCUAUGUGGGAGCCGUGAGGAGUGUUGAGAAGUGUCUCUCCCACUAUUUCUCGGAGAGCAUUGAGGAACCAGCUCCAGCUUGUCAAACCCCUAUCUGCCUCUGGCUUCCUGAGGGGAAUCCCUCUCUCCAUAUCUCCCUCCAUCUGCACCAUCCCUCUCUCCAGUCCUCAGCAGCUACUAUGGACCUGACUCUGUGGCAGUACCAGUUCAGGAUCAUCAUGUUAGGGGACACGACAGUUGGUAAGUCGUCCCUGCUGAAGCGUUACACAGAGGAGAUGUUUCUGGACUGCAUCAACCAGACAGUAGGGGUGGACUUCUACGUGCACUUCCUGGAGGUGAAGCCUGGCGUUAGGGUCAAACUGCAGUUCUGGGACACAGCAGGCCAGGAGAGGUUCAGGUCAGUGACUCGGUCCUACUACCGUAACUCAGUGGGGGGCCUGCUGGUGUUUGACCUGACUAACCGCGCCUCCUUUGAGCAUGUGCAGGAGUGGCACGCAGAGGUGUGUGAACAUGUGAAGCCCCAUACUGUGCUGUUUGUACUUGUGGGCCACAAGAAUGACCGGGUGGCCCAGGGAGAGCGGGUGGUGGGCCAUAACGAGGCAGAGAAACUGGCAGGCCAGCUGGGGAUGCCCUACAUCGAGGCGUCGGCUAAGACGGGUCAGUGUGUGACGGAGGCCUUCGAACUGCUGACCCGCCGGGUGUACCAGGGCCUGUUGAGCGGGGAGGUGCAGCUACAAGAGGGCUGGGACGGGGUGAAGUGCUUGGCUCCACGUGCUUCACUAGUACAGCUACAGAAGCCCAGGAUCAAUAGACCCAACAACAGAAAGAAGUGCUGUUCCUGAGUUGGGUCUUUGGACUCGUGAUAUGGACUUGUCAAUGUGCUGUAUUGUCAUGUAUGCCAAGUCACAAUGCUGCCCUUGAAAAACUUAACUUGCUCUUCACCGGAUGAGAAGAAAUGUUACAAGAUGGGCAUGACCUAUUGUGCCAAUUUGCCAGAACAUGGAAAUAGACAUAACACAUGUAAAAUACUUGCAAGUGCGUGUACAGGGACUUACUGAAGGAGGUCAUUAGUUUGUUCUCCAGAAUCAAGAAACUCUAUACCAGUGGUAUUACAGUUAUGUAAAUCUAGUCAAAUCUCUUUACCCUGAAUAGUGAUAUACUGAUGUAAUCCAUUCAUGUAGAAAGUGAACUCAGAAAAACUCAAGGUUCCAACAAAUGAGAAAGAACAUGACUGAACAGUGAAAUAAACACACAAAUCAAAU